AUGGGUGUGGAGGAAUAUGAGCCUUGUGUCUACUCAGAACAUGCUGGUAAGCCCGCAAUUGAUUGUGACGAUGUCAAGCUUACUAUUCAGUCCAAGGUUAAUUUCAGCUUCUCACAGCCCCCUCCAAGAAAGCUUUCCAGUCCGUUUCGAACCAGUUGGUUGGGCUGGUUGGGGGCAGCCAUGGAAGAUCAGAGUUCACUGUUCUGCAUGCGUGGGGGGCCGUCGAUUUUCGUUUGGGGAGGCGCGCUGCAAAUCCAGCCGCCCUUUUGGUCUUUAUCUUAUCGGUUCUCCUCUCAGAUGUUGUGUUCGUGUGUUGCUGUUCCAGAUGCGCUUCAUCCUUCUUCUCAUCGCACGGGUUUAGCUCAAAGGAUUUCUGGUUUUCUAGGUUGGGAGGAAGAUCUAAGGAAAAAGAACUGGAGUAAUCAAUAUGAGAACCCCCAGUCUGCUCAUCAAUCUGUGAAUUUGAGGGGUAUAAAAGGAAGUGGAGGGAAUUGGGUUCGGUGGUCUUUUGUUGCUUUGGAUAGAGCAGUUUGGUUGGUGUUUUCAAUUCUGUUAAGCAAGGGGUGA